AUGUCUCAACAAAAUGUUGAUAAAACAAACAAUCGAUUUGCAACCUGCACUUUUGCUGAAUUUCAAGAAGCAAAUGGCAAUCCAAUAUUUGGGUACGAACAUGUGCCUGUGAAAUCACUAGAAGAUGCAGUAAAAGGUGUCGUCCAUAUCGUGCCUAAAGUGGAAGAAUAUGUCAAUGAAGCCAUGGAAAACCGUAAAAAAAAUACACAUUUAACAAGAGAUGAAUCAGCAUCAAUCUAUCUUUACACAAUGCCGGUGAACUUCUUCGAGCAUCUUAACAAAGACCUUCGUUGCAAGAAUCGAAAAGAUUUGGAACCAUGGUUCGACUUCUUGAAUUUAUUCAUAACUGCUUUGAAAAAAUUACCACCAUGUACAAUAUCCGUGAUAUGGCGAGGCGUUGGAGACAGUUUAGGAGAAGAGUUUGUUGGAGGUACCGAACACACUUGGUGGAGCAUAAAUUCCUGUUCAUCUAAUCAGAAUGCAGCGAGAUGUUUUGCUGAUUUUAAGGGCACUCUGUUUUCGAUUCACGCAAUCAAUGGUAAAGACAUUAGUUCGUAUUCUAAAAAUCCACAAGAAAAAGAAAUAGUUCUUAUGCCUGGUACUCGCUUGCGUGUCAAAUCUGCAUGGUCUUCUGCUCUUUCCACGAUUGUUUUGGAAGAAUGUACUGUGAUUCCUACUGGACAACACAUCAUGUUAUCUUAUAAUAUCAAUGAUAAAGAAAUCGUAUUUCAAAUUUACGACUUUUUACGAAAUCAAGAGAUGCCAGUUUGGAUCAACCGAUCAGAAAAUGUCACCGCAGAUAGCCUACACGAUAGUUUGGCUAAUGGAGUAGAGAACGCUGCAGCAGUUUUUUGUUUUUUAACGCCAGAUUAUGAAAGGUCGCCAGUUUGUAAACUUGAACUACAGUAUGCACAUAAACGGAGAAAACUAAUUAUCCCGUGUUUGUUCGACGACAAGAAAUUCUGGGAAGAUUCUUCUUGGCUCAUGUCAAUAGUUGAAUCUGUUAAGGAUUUUAUUAUCAAUGAAAUCCAGGAGAUGAACAAAAUGUAUUUAGAGAAUUGGAUCAGUUAUUUGAACAAGGAACGUUCUUCAUCGAAGCACAUCUCAACAGAAUCAGUUGGUCCACCAAAUUAUCUUUUCGAAUUAAUUAAAUACAAAUAUCUAUGUGACAACAAAAUGGAACGCUUCAUGAAUCCAUCGAAAACGUUUCCAAUCGAGCAGAGUUAUGUCAAUUUGGCUAUAGUAGAAACGAAAGAAAGUCAACAAAAAGAAAAAGAACUUCGUAAUACUCACAGUAUCGAUGCAAUAUUGGAGACUUAUGAAAAUAUUCAUGGAAGUAAAACUCCUAUCGAUAUCAAAGAUAUUUUCCAAAAAUGCAAAGAUCAGAACAGAAAGAUCUUAGUAUCUGGUCGUGCUGGUAUUGGAAAAUCAACAUUUUGUCGCUAUGCUGCUUAUCAAUGGGCAACUGGUGCAAUAUGGUCAGAAUAUGAACUGGUUGUAGUCGUUCCUCUACGAUCUCUAGUAGGACCUAAAUAUCGACAUAACAAAGAAUAUUCUUUCAUCGACAUUUUGAUGAAUCAAUAUUUCUCUGAUCCAUCCCGGUCAGAUGAACAAAAGAAUAAGCUUGUAGAAAAGCUUGUAGAACAGAUUCGUAGAAGUAAAAUUCUGUGGCUAUUGGAUGGUUAUGAUGAAAUAGCACAAGACCAACCUGAACAUCUCCAAAUCUUACUUGAACAGCUGCUCAAAACUCCGCAUCACAUCAUUACAUCUCGUCCAUAUAUGAAUACUUUAUCAUACUCUGUACAAAUGGAAAUUACAGGUUUUACCGAUGAAAAUAUCCGAAACUAUGUCAAACAAUUCUUCAGUCAAUUAGGGCAUGAGACACAAAACUCAUCGGAACAAGAUGAGAAGUUGCUGAACUUCUUGAAAGGAAAUCCGAAGAUUUGGGGUAUUGGACAUAUUCCAAUCAAUCUUGAACUUAUUUGUACUAUUUGGGGUGAUACUAACUGGCAAGAAAGUGAAAUAGUAACAAUCACAAGACUAUAUAAUAAAAUUACAGUAUGGUUAUGUCGACGAUAUAUGAAAAGAGGAAACAAAGAUAUCCAAAUAAUAGAUGACCAUAUUCUUCGAGCUUGUGGUAAACCGCUGCAAUUUUUAGAAAUAUUAGCAUUUAAAGGAAUGGAGAACAACAACAUUAUUCUAAGUCCAAGACUACUGAAAAACGUUUUCACAGAGACAGACUGCUCAGAGCCCUUUGCCAAUAUACUCAACAUUGGUAUAUUAAAAUCAUCCGAUGGUCACAAGUUAACUGGCACUCAAAUCGAAGUAGAAAAAGAUCAUUACUUUAUUCAUCUCAGUUUUCAAGAAUAUUUUGCAGCACGAUAUUUAUUGAGAACAUUGAAGAAUGAAGAUCAGAAUCAGAAGAAAAAAGCAAUCACACUCAUCCAGUCACUAAAAUAUAAUCAACGCUUUGAGUUAGUUUUCACUUUUCUAUCUGGUCUUCUCUUUGAUGACAAUGAUCAACAAUCAAUGAAUUUAUUCUGGAGAACAUUGAUGGAAGAACCAUUAGAUAUCGUUGGUUUCAGACAUAUGCAGAUUGUUAUUACGUGCUUAGAAGCGACUGGCUGUGACGAAAGCAUUCCAUACUUUGAUGAGCUAAUUCAUUCAAUAAUCCAACGGAUCGAAUAUCAUAUAACUGCGCAAUACUAUGGUUCAAAUCAUUUAUUCUUACCAUUACUCAAAAGAAGUCCCUCAUUAGUAAAUCAAUCAGAAAUAGUUGAUUUAUUUAUACGGUUGUACGACGCUCGAAAUACUUACCAAAGACGCACACUAUAUUCAUUUAUUAGGGAUUUACCGAUUUCUAAUGCAUGCUCAGAGUGGAUUGACUUUCAUUCAAAGGUACUCAUCGAUGGUGAUCUGGAUCUUAGUGAGAAUGCUUGCCGAGUGUUUGAAAACAUGCACCCAGACGCAUUAUCCGCUCAAGUAAUCGAUACGCUUUUUAAAUUCUCUUAUGGUACAAGCGAGAACAUCCGAUACAUUCCGGGCGAUGAGUAUUCAAACAGAUAUCGACAUGAUAGCGAGAGACAAAUGCAUUUGGAAUAUAACCUCCGACGUACCGUACGCAAUGUCCUCAUGGAAAUCAUAAGCCGUGACAAAGGGAAUGAAACCAUCAAUAGAAUUAUAACACGAAUUCAUGAUAUGGACGCUCCUCUAAAAAUUGGUACGAAUGCGCUUCUCCGAGAGCUAGGCAAAAUAGCAGCAACUGAUGAAGUAAUUCAGAAGCUCUUAGUUUUACUGGAUGACAAGGAUUGGAAUGUCAGAGAAUCUGCGUGCUGGACUCUUCAGAAAAUGGGUGAAAAAGCAGCAACUGGCGAAUUCAUUCAGAAGCUCUUAGUUUUACUUGAUGAUAACGAAUCGCGUGUCAGAGAAUGUGCAUCCCAGACUCUCGAGAAAAUGGGUGAAAAAGCAGCAACUAAUGAAGUAAUUCAGAAGCUCUUAGAUUUACUUGGUGACAACAAUGAGUAUGUCAGAGUAUCUGCGUACAAGGCUCUCGAGAAAAUGGGUGAAAAAGCAGCAACUAAGGAAGUAGUUCAGAAGCUCUUAGUUUUACUGGAUGACAAGGAUUGGAAUGUCAGAGAAUUUGCGUGCUGGACUCUUAAGGAAAUGGGUGAAAAAGCAGCAACUAAUGAAGUGAUCCAGAAGCUCUUACUUUUACUUGGUGAUAAGGAAUCGCGCGUCAGAGAAUAUGCAUGCAAGACUCUCGCGAAAAUGGGUGAAAAAGCAGCAACUAAUGAAGUAAUUCAGAAGCUCUUAGUUUUACUGGAUGACAAGGAUUGGAAUGUCAGAGAAUUUGCGUGCAAGACUCUCGAGAAAAUGGGUGAAAAAGCAGCAACUAAUGAAGUAGUUCAGAAGCUCUUAGUUUUACUUGGUGAUAAGGAAUCGCGUGUCAGAGAAUCUGCGUGCCGGACUCUCGAGAAAAUGGAUGAAAAAGCAGCAACUAAUGAAGUAGUUCAGAAGCUCUUACUUUUACUGGGUGACGAGGAUAGGGAUGUCAGAGAAUGUGCAUGCCAGACUCUCCAGAAAAUGGGUGAAAAAGCAGCAACUAAUGAAGUAGUUCAGAAGCUCUUACUUUUACUUGGUGAUAAGGAAUCGCGCGUCAGAGAAUUUGCGUGCAAGACUCUCGAGAAAAUGGGUGAAAAAGCAGCAACUAAUGAAGUAAUUCAGAAGCUCUUAGUUUUACUGGAUGACAAGCAUUGGUAUGUCAAAGGAUCUGCGUGCAAGACUCUCCAGAAAAUGGGUGAAAAAGCAGCAACUAAUGAAGUAAUUCAGAAGCUCUCAGAUUUACUUUGUGACAACAGUGAGUAUAGCAGAGAAUGUGCAUGCAAGACUCUCGGGAAAAUGGGUGAAAAAGCAGCAACUAAUGAAGUAAUUCAGAAGCUCUUACUUUUACUUGGUGAUAAGGAAUCGCGUGUCAGAGAAUGUACAUGCAAGACUCUCGAGAAAAUGGGUGAAAAAGCAGCAACUAAGGAAAUAAUUAAGAUGCUCUUACUUUUACUUGGUGAUACAUCGCGUGUCGCAGAAUCUGCGUGCCGGACUCUUAAGGAAAUGGGUGAGAAAACAGCAACUAAUGAAGUAAUUCAGAAGCUCUCAGAUUUACUUUGUGACAACAGUGAGUAUGUCAGAGGACGUGCAUGCAAGACUCUCGAGAAAAUGGGUGAAAAAGCAGCAACUAAUGAAGUAAUUCAGAAGCUCUCUAUUUUACUGGAUGACAAGGAACGCGAUGUCAGACGAUCUGCUUGCUGCACUCUCCAGAAAAUGGGUGAAAAAGCAGUAACUCGUGAAGUAAUUCAGAAGCUCUCUAUUUUACUUUGUGACAAGGAUAAGUAUGUCAGACUAUCUGCGCGUCAGACUCUUGCCGUAAUUGGUGAAAAAGCAGAAACCGAUGUAAUAAUUAAGAACCUUUUAAUCCUGUUUCAUGAGAAUGAAGAUGCUAAGGUCAGACUUGGCGCAUUUGAGAGUCUCGCAGAAAUUGGUGAGAAAGCAAUGACCAAAGAAGUGAUAGGAACAUUUUUGGAUGUAUGUGUAGAUCAUGAAAACGUCAACAAAGACGAGAUAAAAUCUCUCAUUGAAAAGAUUUUUCGAUUCUCCCCAUCCUUACUAGAUUUGCAGGAGGAAUCUAGAGUUAAGAAACUGUCAAUGUGCGUUCAGAAGAUGGACUCUCUGAUUUUGAAGCAUAGUUCUCUACAUGAAUUUGUUGUGUUUUUUUUGAGAACAAAGAUGGUAUCUUGGCUACCCAUUAUUAAGAAAUUAUUUAUAGAUCAUGAAUAUGGUAUGACUGUUACGGAUAGUACUAUUUCAGUUUAUGGUAAUAAAGAACCAAUUAGGUUAGAAUACGAUGAAAGUGAACUCGGUGACCGACUAGUGGAAUUUUUUAAGGAUUGGGAAGGUUAUAAAUGGCCAAAAAAGAAUCUGUAG